AUGUUGGGGGGCCCGGAGUGGGGCCAGCGGGAGGCCACCCCCCCUAGAGACGCUCCCCUGCCGAGUUUUGGUUUCACACAGGAGCAAGUGGCUUGCGUAUGUGAGGUUUUACAACAAGCCGGCAACAUCGAGCGCCUGGGUCGUUUCCUCUGGUCGCUGCCAGCGUGUGAACGCCUGCAUGCGCACGAGUCGGUGCUGAAAGCGAAGGCCAUGGUGGCCUUCCACAGGGGGAACUUCAAGGAACUGUACAGGUUGCUGGAGUCACACAAUUUCAGCGCACACAACCACGCCAAGUUGCAAAGUUUAUGGCUAAAAGCGCACUACAUGGAGGCGGAAAGGCUUCGCGGCCGGCCCCUCGGCGCCGUCGGCAAAUACAGGGUGCGUCGCAAAUUCCCUCUUCCGAGGACUAUAUGGGACGGGGAGGAAACGUCAUACUGUUUUAAAGAAAAGUCAAGAUCGGUGCUCCGCGAUUGGUACCUCCACAACCCUUAUCCAUCACCUCGGGAGAAAAGGGAAUUAGCGGAGAGCACUGGCCUCACCACUGUACAGGUUUCAAAUUGGUUCAAAAAUAGACGACAGCGAGACAGACAAGCAGAACAUAAAGAUAGUGGCGGUCCAGGCGAUAAGCAACUCGAUUCAUCAACAGAUGACGACAGCGACGCACCCCAUGUGACUCCUGCGCAUCUCGGCUCAGCACCCCCCAUUUACCCCCACGCUUUGUACGAGCACCCCCUGGCUCAUUUGCCGUACCAUCAUUCGUGA